AUGUUGUCAGCCCACAAGAAGCUCACCAUGGACCAAAAAAACAGCCUUGCUCAAUGGUUAAUGAAACAACAGCAAGGCGAUGGACGGAUCAGGCGAGGGGCUCACAAAGAAGCUGCAGAGAAUUAUGGAGUAUCAAAGAGAACAGUUAGAAAAAUAUGGCAUGAAAUUUGCAUUCAAAUUCAACAAGGUAUUCCAGUGCAUUUGAAGAAUAAAAGGCAAGGAAUCACACACAAAGACAAACUGAAAAUCGAUACAGAGAAGGUAAAGAACUUAUCUGUGCUUGAAAGAUCAACCAUAAGGAAAAUGGCCAAGAAGUUACAGGUUAGUAAAUCAAGUGUUGGCACAUGGAUUAAGCAAAAAUUGCUCAGGCCCCACACAAAUGCAAUCAAACCAUCACUUUCUGAGGCAAACAAGUUAUGCAGGAUGAGAUUUGCAUUGAGUCAGUUGAAAUGUGAGGCUGAAUCAAUUAAAUUCCAGCCUAUGAAAAAUGUUAUCCACAUUGACGAGAAAUGGUUUUUCAUGAGCAAGACCACUGACCGAUACUACCUGUUACCAGAUGAGAUUGAACCACAUAGGUCAUGUCAAUCCAAGAGGUUCAUAACAAAGGUUAUGUUUAUGUCUGUGGUUGGAAGACCACACUUCUCAAGUGAAGGGGAAGUGUUAUUUGAUGGGAAAUAUGGAAUUUUCCCCUUCACUGUAAAGGAACCAGCCAAAAGAAACUCAAAAAACAGGGCAAAAGGGACUUUGGAGACAAAACCCAUCCAAUCAAUCACCAAAGAGGUGAUUAAGGAGUGCAUAAUAUCACAGGUCAUCCCAGCUAUCAAAGCUAAAUGGCCAAGUACAGAGCCCGAGGACAUUCUUAUACAGCAAGACAAUGCUAGACCACAUAUUCUUAACAAUGACCCUGAGUUCGCAGCAGCAGCUAACACAGAUGGAUUCAAAAUGACACUCAUUUGUCAACCUCCAAAUUCUCCCGACACAAAUGUGAAUGACUUAGGCUUUUUCAGAGCUAUUCAAAGCCUACAAGAUGAUAACACAGCAAAGACAGUGGAUGAUCUACUUGCAAAUGUGGUGAGGGCAUUUGAAGAACUGACACCACAAACUCUUAACAAUGUUUUCUUGACUCUGCAAGGCUGUUACUCAGAAAUGCUCAAGGUGAAAGGAGGAAAUGACUACAAGAUACCACAUAUGAACAAGAGCAGACUUCAAAGGAUGGGGCAACUACCAGAAUCCAUUGAAGUGGAUCCACAGCUUGUGAGAGACAGUUUGGAUUACAUAAAUAUGGCAGAAAAUGAUUCAGGUUAUGGCUAUGACCUUACCUCACUUAAGCUUCAUUUUCGUAUGUGA